UACGUUGUGUUGAAGAAAAUGGCGUCUCUCCGGUUAUUUUCAAAAGCCCUAAAAUCUGAGAAUCAGCUGCUUCAGUCUCUGCCCGGGAGAAUUUCGCCGAGUUUUCAAAACCCUAACCCUAAUUUAAGGACCCUGCCAUUCUCCACCUCCUUUCUCAUAACCAAAACGCCGAAGAAGUAUCGGAAGAAGCGUAAGAAGCCGGAUUCGCCUCGAACCAAACCCGUGCAACCGGAUUCGACCCGAGUCGCUCACUUCGAAUCGCUCGUUGGGCGUGACGCCCAUUUCCGGUUCCUGACCCGAUCCAAGGAGUUCCUCUCGAAGCAGCCCGAGCGGAUUCUCCGGCUCGAUGACGCCGGCAAGCUCCAUCGUGAGAUGGGUUUCCCGCGCGGGCGCAAGGUGGCACGUUUCCUCACGCGCCACCCUCUUAUCUUCCAGACUUACCGUCACACCGACGGGAAGAUGUGGUUUGGGUUCUCGGAGUUCAUGGAGGAUCUGCUGGAUGAGGAAAGAGCGAUUAUGGAUUCUAUGGAGCUUGAUCGGGUCAAUAGGGUUCGGAAGCUUCUGAUGAUGUCCAAGGAUAAACGGAUUCCACUCAGCAAAAUUUACCAUACCCGACUGCUUUUUGGCAUCCCAGAGGAUUUCAGGGACCGGGUCGGGAAAUACCCGGAUUAUUUCCGGGUCGUGAUGGGACAAGACGGGAAAAGGGUUCUCGAGUUGGUGAAUUGGGAUCCAGCUCUUGGCGUAAGCGAGCUCGAAAGGCAGUUUAUGGUAGAUGAAGAUAAAGCUAAAAAAGCCUUUAAAUUUCCCGUGAAACAUGGAAAAGAUUUGGGGUUAGGGGAAGAUGGUGUGAGGAAACUGAAUCUUUUGAACACACUUCCAUUGGUUUCGCCAUAUUCCGAUGGUUGGAAGCUCGAUGUUUGGACUUUAGAAGCUGAGAAGUAUCGUGUAGGGAUUCUGCACGAGUUCUUGAGCUUGACGUUAGAGAAAAGAGCUUCGAUACAUCACAUUGUUGAGUUCAAAGACGAGUUUAGCUUGACUAGGCAGACUUAUCAGAUGCUGAAGAAGCAGCCGAGAACGUUUUACUUGGCGGGCACUGAGAUGAAUUGGGCAGUUUUCUUGAAGGAUGGUUAUGAUGAGAACGGGGUUUUGGUAAGUAAGGAACCACAGGUUUUGUUCAAUGAGAAGCUGUAUAAGUAUGCCGAUAUGCAGCGGAUGAAAACGAAUCAUGAUCUUGAUGAUCACUGAGGAGCUGAACUUUUUCUUGGAGGAGAAUGAUCUCACCGAAGGCAAGUCCAUUGGUUGAUGAAAUUUAGGUUUAAUACUUUGAUAUAGAGCUUGCAUUUGCAUCCUCUGCUGAAUAUCUUUAGAGAUUUUGUUGGAAAGGUUAAUUCUUCUGUGUGAUACAGGAGAAUGCUUUGGUUUGAUUCAUUCAUCAUCAGAUUCUUCCAUGGCUGUUGUUCUUCUCCAUUGAACAGCCAGGUAAAGUACAGGUUCUGAUUCCAUUUCUUGCAUUGUAACAUCAAGAUUAGUGUAUGUUCUUUGUAUGUAAGCCAAUGCUUAAGGUUCGUUGAUCUUUUCAUUUUUAUUUUCCGUGUUUCCAAUUUCGAGGUUUUGAAAACAGAUCCCUUCUUUAAAUAGUCAUAGCUCUAAGAACAAGUUUUGAACUUUUGAUUCAUGUAAUCUGUCGGGUUUGUUGUUGGAUUUGCAUCUCAUUUGUCAUCAUAGGCCCGGACUAAACAUUUUAGAUCA